AAGAAAUUGUUUUCCACCACUCAGGAAAAGGCUUGUUAAAACCGACAAUUCUGACGUCAAAAAUAUUUAACUAUUUGGAAACAUCGAGUCGAAAACGCAAAAGAUCGGAUGUGAGUUGCGUCGUUGGCAACACGUCCAGAACCAAGUGCCUUUCCUCGUCUCCAGCAAGCCGUGGGAAGUUUCUUUCCCCCUGAAAACCAUCUGACACAUAUGAUCUGCUCCACACACACUCAUACUUGACCACUGGGGAUACUUACAUAUCCAUAGAUUGUAUAACAGCCAAGAGAAGACAAGGCAAGGACGUGAAUCGUGUAUAAACUAAAGGGUUUGGGGGUGCAUGCAUAAAUGCCAAGAAAUUGCAUUAGGGAAACGUCGCCCAAGAAAAACGAGAUUUUUUUGUGGAGGAUGGAUAUGCCAAACAAGGAGAGACAGUCACCGGAGAAUGGCCCUAACUCACCGAGGGGCUGCUUCUCAAGCCUGAAGAUGUUCCUUGUGGCCUUGUCCUUUACCUAUUUUGCCAAGGCAUUAUCCGGGAGUUAUAUGAAAAGCACAGUAACCCAGCUGGAAAGACGCUUCGACAUCCCCAGUUACUUAAUAGGUGUCAUUGAUGGCAGCUUUGAAAUAGGUAACCUGUUGGUGAUCGCCUUCGUGAGUUACUUUGGUGCCAAACUUCACCGGCCAAAGAUCAUCGCCAUUGGCUGCCUGCUGAUGUCAUUAGGCACUUUUCUAAUUGCCUUGCCCCAUUUUAUAAUCGGACGCUACAAGUUCGAAACAUCAAUCAGAUCAUCAGUGAACUCAACCAGUAACAUCUCUCCAUGUCCAGCGAGCUCUGCUAGCAUUAUGUCCACAGGUCCCAGCACAUCUUCAGUACCAAGUCCAGGUUGCGAACAGGAGUCCAGAUUGUCCAUGUGGAUCUAUGUGUUCCUGGGGAAUAUCUUGCGUGGAAUUGGUGAGACCCCAGUGCAACCUCUGGGAAUCUCGUACAUAGAUGACCAUGCUUUGGAGGAAAAUGCUGCAUUCUACAUUGGAUGUGUCCAGACAAUAUCGGUCAUUGGUCCUGUGUUUGGGUACCUGUUGGGGUCUGUCUGUGCCAAGAUAUAUGUGGAUAUUGGAUUUGUCAACAUGGAAAGCAUUAGCAUCACCCCAGGAGAUGCUCGCUGGGUCGGCGCCUGGUGGCUGGGGUACCUCAUCGCAGGGCUCAUCACUCUCCUGUCCGCCGUGCCGUUCUGGUUCUUACCCAAGUCUUUGCCCUUGCCAGAGAGACGGCUUGCCAAGUAUUCUCCUGAGCGAACCAGCUUCAUCAAAGUCUCGCCCCUCCGGGAGCACAAGUACCAAGCAGAUGAGCCAACAAACUUCCUAGAAAUGGCCAAAGACUUUUUGCCAACACUAAGAUCCCUGUUGGGGAAUCCAGUCUAUUUUUUAUAUCUGUGUGUGACCAUCAUCCAGUUCAACUCUUUGAUCGGAAUGGUGACAUACAAGCCAAAAUACAUCGAGCAACAUUAUGGACAGUCAGCGUCCAAGGCGAACUUCUUAAUGGGAGCUAUCAACAUCCCAGCUGUAGCCUUGGGAAUGUUCUUGGGGGGAGUUAUCAUGAAGAAAUUCAAGCUGACCAUCAUGGGAGCAGCCAAGUUCGCUCUGGGAACGUCUCUCCUGGGCUACUUCCUGUCGCUUUUCUUCUUCGCAAUGGGAUGCGAGAAUGCCAAUGUGGCGGGCAUCACCAUGUCAUACAAUGGGACGGAGCAUCUUUACAAGGCCGACAGUUCUCUGUUUGCGAGCUGUAACAUGGGCUGCGAGUGUCCUGAAACAAACUGGGAUCCCGUGUGUGGUGAGAACGGUUUCACGUAUGUCUCGCCGUGCUUGGCUGGGUGCCGGGGGUCCCACGGCUCUGGAAUGGAUACAGUAUUUCAGCAGUGCAGCUGUAUAGCAGCCGGGAAUAAAACGGCCAGUGCAGGCCAAUGCAACAACAGGGAGAGUUGCCAGCGAGUCUUCCCUUACUUCCUGGCUCUGUCUGUCAUCACUUCCUUUAUCAUCUCACUGGGCGGAACACCAGGAUACAUGCUGCUCAUCAGAUGCAUCAGGCCGCAGCUCAAGUCGAUAGCUUUGGGUUUUCACACACUGGCAACACAUACACUAGCUGGAAUUCCAGCUCCUAUAUACUUUGGAGCCAUCAUAGACACCACCUGUCUGAAAUGGGGUCACAAGAAAUGUGGUGGUAGAGGGGCCUGUCGAAUCUACAACACAACUGCCUACAGGAUAGCAUAUCUGGGCCUGACCCUGGGGUUACGGACCGCUUCCUUCUUCCUGUGUGUGCUGGGGCUGGUGGUGUUACGACAGCACGUUCAAAAGCAAGAACGCAGCACGCUCGCCAACGGAGACACGGGGGCCGUGGAUGAUGAACUGCAGGCCUUGAAGAAGGAAGAAAGAAAUGGCUCUAGCUCGGACCAAUGUCCACGAACCUCAGAUUACGACCCACAGCGAGAGACACGUCUGUGACACACACAUAACCAACAUGCAAACACGCCCGUGCAGGGAGCAACAAGGCCAAAAGCCAGCAUAUUUUAUUCGUUGUUUCCAUUUUAUCUUUUAUCUUUCUAAUGGACCCAUGUAAAUGAUGUGAAAUAAGAAAAAGAAAUUGUUGUUUUGAUAUAGUGAAAUAAUUUCUUGAAUGUGACUGAAAAGAAAAAAAGAAUGUCAUAAAAACGACCUAAACUAUUUGGUUUCAAAAGUAUCUUUUAAGGAAUGUUUCACCCAAAAAUACAAAUGUAAUAUUUACUCGCCCUCAAGCCAUCCCAGAUGUGACUUUCUUUGUUCUGCAGAGCACAAACAUAAAAGUUUCUAAAUGAUUUUUAGAAGAAUUUUUCAGCUUUGUUGAGCCAUUCAAUGCAAGUGAAUAGUGACCAUAGCUUUAAAGUUCCAAAAAGCACAUAAAGGCAGUAUAAAAGUACUUCAUAAGACUCCAGUGGUCUAAUUGGUUUUUGAGUGAGAACAGACCAUUGUCAUUGCAGCCUUAAGGCAGGAUUGUUUCAUUCACUUGCAUUAUAUGGACUUUCAGAGUGGAGAUAUUCUUCUAAAAUCUUCUUAAGGGUGAGUAAAUGAUGAGUGAAUGCUCAUUUUUGGGUGAACUACUCCUUUUAACUACGGACGCUGACUAUGCCACCCUACUAGAAGGAGUGAAACAUUGGAUGUCCUCUCAUUAAAGGUGAAGUGUGACUUUUUUUUGGUUUUUUUGUAAACCUGUAUUAAGCCAUUUGUAGUUUAAGCCCCCUGAAAUGUGUAAGCACUGUGGUUCUAUGGCACUAUUUAAACAUUGCUCUGUUUUUUGAGCAUGGACACUGCAACAUUGGCUCAACCAAUAGUGUGUCUUUGGGGCAGAGCUUUGAAAUGUCAUUAUUUUUACAAUUCCAUUUGGUGCCACUAGGGGUGCAGAAAAUCCACACUUCACCUUUGAAUGGACCUUAUUUACAAUAGCGCCAACUUGACGUUGUACAAGGUUGUACAGUUGUUCAGUUUUUAGGAUUAUUCUGCAGUAAAAAAAAUAUAUAUAUAUUUCCCAAACAAUUCAGUAAAGAAAAAACUCCAUAACAUAAAAUCGGAGUUGUGGAAAAUGAUAUGUGAUAUAUGAGCUUUAAAUGGUAAAUGGUCUGCACUCAUAUAGCGCUUUUUUAACCUUAGACAUUACCAAAGCGCUUUACAUUGUGUCCCAAUCACCCAUUCACACACACAUUCACACUCACACACCAAUGGCCGCAGAGCUGCCAUGCAAGGUGCUAGCCUGCCAUUGGUAGCAACUUGGGGUUCAGUGUCUUACCCAAGGACACUUCGGCAUGUGGAGUCAAGUGGGCCGGGAAUCGAACCCGCCAACCCUGCAAUUGGCAGCGACCCGCUCUACCACCUGAGCCACAGCCACCCCAUUUUAUAUAGUGCAUGCCAUUUAAGACACUGUAAGUCUAUCCCUAAAAGCCAGCCUAGUUUUCAUUCAUCAAAAAUCAAAUAUGGCGCUACGGUAAAUAAGGUCUAUACAGAUGCUGACUUCGCCAUCCAAAUAGGGGCAGUGAAACAUUGGAUUUCCUCUCAAUAAAGCCAUUGUAGUGCACAGGCCCUAUGAGGAAUAACAAGAUUAUACCUUUUGGGCCCAAAACCACAUCCAAUCUUAACGUUCUCUUAUGCCAUACACACAAAUUGACCACGACACUGUGCUUAAUAUAGGUAGACCUUGGAAUCUGGGCGACAGGUUGACUACAUUAAGGAUAUCCAUGAAGGUCUCGAAUUGUGUCUCAUUUGUUUCUAACAUAUGAACCAUUAUCAGGAAGGGAGUGUACCGAGCGGUGCACUAAGAAAUGCUCACCAUUGUGCUUUUCCAUGUCACCUGGCAACAGUUCCUCCCAUUUAAGAAAAGCGUGAGGAAUGGUCCUGUACUGUGGGUUAUUGAACAGGUGCAUGAUGCCAUGGGUAUGUAAGUAAUCAUCUACAUGGUUGAUGUUGUAUAAUGUGUGUGUAUCUCACUUUGAGGGAUGUUGUGUAUGUGUCGUUACGUGAGAACAGGUGCAUUCCUGUGCCAAAAAAAGAGACCAAAGAAGUGCAAGAAAUUAGUCAACAUGGUCUUCUCUCAGGUUGUUCAAUCAGUUGUUUCUCAAAUUUGCAAAUAAUUAUUCUUUUAUAUACUUGUCUGGUUUCAGCUGGUGAAAAAUGUUCCUUUGUUCUUGGCACUAGAGGUCAGCUCUUGAAGUGUUUGUUCAUUUUGGGCAAUUGAAGUUUACCAGUAACAACUAAGGAAAGGAUUUUUAUUUGUGACUUGUAAUGCGAAUAAAAUGAGUGGCAUUUAUAACUUGCUUUUACGUUAGGCAGUACAUCAAUUUUUUGCUUGUUUUUUUUUUUUGUACACUUAUAAGUGAAUAUCCUGAUGUGUAAAAUGCAUUUGUGAAAAAUUAGAUGCAUUCUUUUAAUAAUAAAAUGAUUUA